GAAUCGGUUGACUGAUCCAGUGCAGAACCGCAAGCGCAGCGAGCUAGAACGCCACAAAGUUGGCGACGGAGAAAUCGCGAGAUCGGAAUCGGAAAAAAUAUCAAUAGUAUCAAGUGCAGUCAAGUCGAGUCGAGUGCGCGUCGAGUGCCGGUGAAAAUACAUUCAACCGUUUUUCCCCCAUUUUCAUGCCAUUUGGGUUCAAGUGUUCAAAAGCCAGAAGUGCAAGUUAACUACACAAAAUAGGUUGCAGCUUAAAGUAAUCUUGGGAACUCACUGGCGGCGACAUAAAGCCAAAGCCAUUUUAUCUAUUCGCACACCAGCACAGCCAUGGAUUUUAGAAAGCAUUUGGGUUUAUUGACACUCCUCCUGGUCGCCGUACUCGCGUUUUACGGUCGCCCAGUGGACGCCUGCAGCUGCAUGCCCAGCCACCCACAGACGCACUUCGCCCAGGCAGACUACGUUGUUCAGCUGCGAGUCAUCCGCAAAUCAGACACCAUUGAGCCGGGCAAGACCACCUACAAAGUUCAAAUCAAGAGGACCUACAAGGCAACUCCCGAGGCUCGGCGAAUGCUUCGCGAUAAUCGCCUGGCCACGCCUCGAGAUGACGGAAUGUGCGGGGUUAAGUUGACUAUCGGAAAGGUCUACAUAGUGGCGGGCAGAAUCCCGACACUGAAUGUAUGUAGCUACUACAAGGAGUACAUCAAGAUGACCGUCCCAGAGCGACAUGGCUUCAACGGUGCCUAUGCCAAGGGUAACACUUGCAAUAUAACUCCCUGCUUUGGUGCACGAUGCCACAGUUUCCGAACUCAUGCGGACGAGUGCAAGUGGUCGCCGUUUGGAAAAUGCGAGACGGACUACAGUGCCUGUAUGCCGCACAAAGAGCAGACGCCCAAUGGAGUGAUUUCACGAUGCCGCUGGCGACGCACGCAGCUGUACAGAAAGUGUCUGAGCAAUCCGUAAAGCCGUCAGAUUUUAGUUUCCCCCAAAUCCAAGUCAUCCGUUUGUCCUUGUUAUGCUACCAUUUUUUUCUCUGUCCAGAGCUUUAAUACGUACGUUAUGCCUAAUGUGUUAUUUAUUAAUUGAUGCUUUUGAACUUGUAACCGGCUCUGUAGCAGCUACUUAAUUAGUGUCUAGCUUUUAAUGUUUAUA